GCUCUCACACACCAGCUGCACACAGGUCGUGACAACACUCGACGAAAGGACACCGCGAUAUUAGGAAGGAAAGUUAACAUAGAGCUAAAGUCUGAACUCAAGAAGAUGAACUAUGAAGCGCCUGAUCUCCCCAGUGGCCCGCUGGAUAUCUACAGGAAAAAAGCCUCUUUCAACUGGAAGGACAUGCUCUACUUCUUAGAGGGAGAGGAAAUCCUGGCAUUCAAGAAAUGUAUAUUUAAGACACUUGAGGAUGACCCUCUGUUUGCGCGUCAGCCCGGUGAAGACCUCCCUUUGGAGAAAAUGAGAGAGUUGACCUUCCUCAGGGUGAAGCAGCUCUUCCGAUACAACCUCCUGUCACAAGAAGAGUCGAUGGCUAACCCCUUUAAGACUGUGGCUCUCAAUGAUUGUCUGUGCAUGUAUGACUUGGGCUUGGCGGCCAAGUACUUUCUUACCAAAGGGAUGUUUGGAAUGACUGUCGCAAACUCGGGAUCAGAGAGACACAUCAAGUAUGUUGAAGACACUGAAGACAUGACGUUAUUUGGAUGCUUUGCACUGACCGAGCUGAGCCACGGCAGCAACACCAGAGCCAUGAGGACCACAGCAACAUAUGACCCCUCCUGCCAGGAGUUUGUGAUCAACUCUCCAGACUUUGAAGCUGCCAAGUUCUGGGUGGGGAAUCUGGGCAAGACUGCGACCCACGCUAUCGUGUUCGCUCAGCUCUACACACCUGACCAGGUGUGCCACGGCCUGCACUCCUUCAUUGUGCCGCUGAGAGAUCCCAAGACCUUGCUAACUCUUCCUGGUGUGAUGGUUGGAGACAUGGGCAAGAAGCUGGGCCAGAACGGACUUGAUAACGGGUUUGCUAUGUUUCAUAAUAUGAGGAUCCCUCGGGAGAAUCUACUGAAUAAGACUGGAGAUGUUACUCCUGACGGCCACUACAUUACACCAUUCAAGGACCCCAACAAACGUUUCGGGGAAUCUCUGGGUGCCCUGUCAGGUGGCAGGGUGAACAUCACCAGGAUGGCUUUGGUCAACCUGAAGCUGGCUCUGAUUGUCUCCAUCCGCUUCUCAGCCACCCGGAGACAGUUUGGACCCACAAACUCUGAGGAAAUUCCCGUUUUGGAGUACCAGUUACAGCAAUGGCGUCUGAUCCCGUACUUGGCAGCAGCGUAUGCUCUUGAACACUUCUCCAAAUCCAUCUUCAUGAACUUUGUCGAGUUCCAGGUUGGACAGAUAAUGAGGGUGAAGAGUAGGAGACAAGCUGAGAUGGGCAGGGAGAUCCACGCCAUAGGCUGCUCCAGUAAACCCCUGGGCUCGUGGACCGCUCAGAAUGGGAUCCAGGAGUGCAGGGAGGCCUGCGGUGGACAUGGAUACCUGGCCAUGAACCGGCUGGGUGCUCUGCGUGAUGACAAUGACCCAAACUGCACGUAUGAAGGAGACAACAACGUCUUGCUGCAACAGACCAGCAACUACCUGCUCAGCUGGCUCCAUGCUAAACAGCGCAACGGUGUGCGGAUCGAGUCCCCUCUUCACACUGUGGAUUUCCUGGAUGAUCUCCACAAGAUCCUGGCGAGCAAGUUCACGGCAACAACGAUGGAGGAGUGUAUGGACUCUGCAGUGCCACUGGCGGCCUAUAAGUGGCUGGUGUGUUUCCUGAUGAUAGCGAGCCAGAAGAGGCUGGAAGAACAGAGGACCUUGGGAUGUGAUGAGUUUGAGGCCCAUAACAACAGCCAGGUUUACUACUGUCGUUCCCUGGCCAUCGCCUACAUAGAACACAACUGCCUCCAGAGGUUUCAUGACCUGACUGUCGAUGAGGACACACCAGCUGGUCUCAGAGCUGUACUAAGCAAGCUGUGUGCCCUGUACGGGCUGUGGAGCCUCAACAACCACAUGGCCAUACUUUACCAGGGUAAUUACCUGAGUGGACCGAAGCCCGCAGAGUUGUUCCAAAUGUCCAUUCUCACUCUCUGCUCCCAGCUGAAGGAUGAUUCAGUGGCAUUGGUGGAUGUUUUUGCACCUUCUGAUUUCUUUCUCCACUCACCUAUUGGCAACGCUAAUGGAGAGCUUUACAAGAACAUGUGGUCGACAGUGAUGCAGGGCAACAAAGUGUUGGAGCGGCCUUCCUGGUGGAAAGAGUUCUCCUCGGACAAGCCUGCGGAUACCUCUCUCCGUCCGAAACUCUAAGACGAAACCAAGACGCACUCUCGACUGCGACCCCGGACAUUUGCCUGAAUUCUAAGUGUAAAAUUUGUGUCCUCAAAAAAUUUAACUGUGCAAUUGUUUAAAUCUAAUGUCCAUAUCUACACAGUGCUUUGCCAAAAACACCCCAGUGCAGCAUAUACAGAGUACCUAAAGUACACUCUUAAGAACUCUGGAAAAACUCUUAAACCUAAAAUUACAAAGACUUCAACACAGUGAGACUGAUGGACACGCUCCUCACGUGAACCAGCACGUUCUCUAAAACCCCCGUUGAUACUUUUAAAUGCUAUGAUCCCCACAUCAGAUACGAUGUCAAUGCAUUCCAAUUGAAACUGUAUUAAUGCUCUGUCUCUGUCCUAUCAUUGGCUGACGGUGACGCCAACGGGCAGAGAGCGGCUGUGACACAACACAGACUUUAGACCACAACUCACACAAGCUAAUUUCUCUUGAAUGAGCUACUAAACAAAUAUCCAGCGCAGGAAAGGGCACAGCUAACAGUUUGUAGCUGACAAGCUAGUGGAACAGCCUACAGGGGCGCACCCACUGACGGACAGAAAUUAGCUUUUUUUUUUUUUUUUUUUUUUAACAGUACCCUCAUAUAACCCCUUUCUUCCUCUCCGUAAUAAGAUAAUACAUUUCAAAAAUCAUUUGACAUAUUUCUUUGUAACUACAAACAAGUGGAGGUGAUGCAAGAAAGAAUGACUUGUAUUGAACAAAUCUGCUUAAAUGUAAAUCUUGGUGUGUGUAAUAGGAGUUCAAUCAUUGGCCAUCACUAUCAGCUUUUCUAUAACAUUUAAACCCUGGUGUGAAUCAUACAUGUGAAUAAAAACCUUUGCAGUUA